CUCUCCCCCCUCUCUCUCUCUCUCUCUCUCUCUCCCAAUUCCAGUGGGCAAUUUUGUUCUGAUUUUCAAGCUCCAACACUCAGGCACACAAAAGGAAAGAAAAUCCAAAAAAAGAUCAGAAGGAGACAAUGACGAGAAAGAAGAUAGAGAUAAAGAAGAUCGAUAACAUAGCUGCGAGGCAAGUGGCGUUCUCAAAAAGAAGAAAAGGUCUUUUCAAGAAAGCGAAGGAACUUGCUACGCUCUGUGAAGCUGAGAUUGGUCUCAUGGUCUUUUCUUCUACUGGAAAGCUCUACGACUAUGCUAGCUCAAGUAUGCAGCAGGUAACUCAAAAGCAUGAUAUGUAUCUAGACCUUCACAGAUCCGAUCAACCUGCUUUGCCCCUGGAAGAUUCAGUACAGAUUGGGAGUGAAGGCUACAACAAGCUGCGCUGUGAAGUUGCAGACAAGACUCGUGAACUGAGGGUUCUUCCACUUAGGCAGUUGAAUGGGGAAGAGUUGCAAGAAUUCUCAGUUCAAGAAUUACAAAAACUAGAGGAACUGCUUGAAAUGAGUUUGAUGCGUGUUUCAAAGGCAAAGGAUGAAGUAAUUGUAAAAGAGAUCCGCCAGCUCAAGAGAAAGGAAAAGCGAUUGGUGGAAGAGAACGAUAAAUUAAAACAGGUGAUAGAUGAACAAGGACAAUCAUCUGACUCAGUGAUUUUGUCCAACAACUCGCCUGAUACUCCUCAAUACACUGGGGACUUUGAUACAUCUCUCAAGCUGGGGUUUCAUUGAUCAGGUAUAUAACAUUUCUAGGGUGGCCGUGAAAGCGUUAAACGUGUUUUGAACCACCAACAUGCUAAUUAUUAUCUUCAAAAAAUGUGCGCGCGCGUGUGUGUGGGAUUGAGAAGCAAUUAAAAAAUGAUUGAAUUUAAAUCUGAGAGUGGGAGUUAAAUUAAAUAUUUUUCUUGGAUUUUUCAACAAUGUAGAAACAUGAGUCCUCUAUAAAUGUAACAUAUUAAAAAUAAGUUAUGCAAUUUAUUAUUCCUUUUUUUUUUUAGUAAGUACACAGAGUUGGUUUUGCCGGCAGCAAAUAAUAUCUUCCUCAAGGAAGACUAUGAUUUAAAUUUUCGACCAUUUAAGUAAUGAGAGCCUUUAUUACUCAUGCUAA